AUGGAGUCCUCUGGGUCCUCCGCUCUGGAACGACUCACCUUUAACAACACCGCGCUGAAACGGCUCCCGGUAGAUGUCUCCGCCGAGCCCGGCUCCAGGACUGUCCCGGGAGCGUCUUUCUCCCGUGUCGGCUCCCUUCAUCCACUGCUCCGGCCCACAAUCGUGGCGCUGUCCCAGCCGUCUUUCUCUCUAUUGGGCCUGACUGCGCAAGAGGUGCUGGACGACCCUCUGGCCCCGGAGUAUUUGAGCGGCUCCAGGCUGCUGGCUGGUUCCGAGCCGGCUGCGCACUGCUACUGCGGGCAUCAGUUCGGGCUGUUCGCGGGUCAGCUGGGCGAUGGAGCGGUCAUGUAUCUGGGGGAGGUGGAGUCAGAUACCCAAGGACAUUGGGAGAUACAGGUGAAAGGUGCUGGAGUCACACCUUACUCCAGAGACGGUGAUGGCAGGAAGGUGCUUCGCUCCAGCGUCAGAGAGUUCCUAUGCAGCGAAGCCAUGUUUGCCCUGGGGAUCCCCACCACCCGAGCAGCCUCCCUUGUUACCUCUGACCUCCACAUCGGCAGAGAUCCUCUCAACAAUGGUGAACGGAUUCUGGAGCGUUGCUCAAUUGUCAUGCGUCUCGCCCCUUCUUUCAUCAGAUUUGGCUCCUUUGAGAUCUUCCUGGGCCGGGAUGAAUUCUCUGGCCUGCAGGGUCCCAGCGCGGGGCGCCAUGACAACCGUGCUCAGCUGCUGGAUUAUGUGAUUGAGAGUUUCUAUCCACACAUUCAGCAGGCUCACAACAACAGGAGAGAAAGAAAUCUCUCUUUUUUCAGAGAGGUGAUGAUGCGGACUGCAAAGCUGGUGGCCCAGUGGCAGUGUGUUGGAUUUUGCCAUGGUGUCCUCAACACAGACAAUAUGAGCAUCCUGGGUCUGACUCUGGACUAUGGGCCCUUUGGUUUCAUGGACAGAUUUGAUCCAGAUUUUGUCUGCAAUGCCUCAGACAAAAGGAGGCGCUAUUCGUACCAAGCGCAGCCCUCCGUGUGCCGCUGGAACCUGGCUCGUCUGGCCGAGGCGUUGGGCUCUGAGCUGAGGGCAGCGGAUGCAGGAGCGGUGCUGGAUGACUUUAUGCCCACUUACGAGGCUUUCUACCUGUGCGGCAUGAGAAAAAAGUUGGGACUUGUGAGAAAAGAAGAGGCAGAGGACAGAGAAGUUGUGUCAGACCUAUUGCGGGUCAUGCACAACACAGGGGCUGAUUUCACCAACACUUUUCGCCUUCUGAGCCGUGUACCUUGGCCUGAGGGAGAAGAUGACGAGAGGGCCACUGUGGGGCCAGUGGUGGACCUCAUUCUAAAGCAGUGUGCCUCCAUUGAGGAGUUAAAGGUGGCUAAUAAGCCCACGAUGGAGGACCGUGAACUGGCAAUGAUUCUGUCCAUGGCACACACCAACCCAGUCAUGUUCGGAAUGGUAGCAGACAGGCCAGACGUGGCCCAGCAGCUGGAACUCAUGGGCCGGCUAAAAGAGCUCCUAGAGACGGACCAAGAAGAGCUGAAAGAAAAGCAGCGCGGUGACUGGAUCCGCUGGACUUGCCGAUACAGGAGGCGCUUAGCCCGGGAGUUUGAUGGCACAAGUGACUUGCACCUUGUUAAAAAAGAGAGGCUAAGAGUGAUGAAGAGCAGCAAUCCCCGUGUGGUUCUUCGCAACUAUAUUGCACAGAAUGCUAUUCAAGCAGCAGAUAAAGGAGACUUCUCUGAGGUUAACAGAAUUCUCAAGGUUCUGGAGGACCCGUACACGGACCCUGAACCUUUGUGCCAACAAGAUGGAACAUGCGAUGAAACAGAGAAGCUGUUUGCUGAUGGCUACGAUGCUAAGCCUCCUGCUUGGGCUCAAAAAAUUUGCAUCACUUGAUCCACAUAGAGCCUCCCUAGGCUGCUGCUGCUGCGAGAGAGAGAGAGAGACG